UUUUUUUUUGAACACGUUGCUAGUGAUUUGGUUAACUCCUUUGCCAAGGAAUUCACUGUGUGUGUGUGAGAGAGAGGGAGGUGGCGAUGGUGUCGUACAAGAGCUUGUUGAUCUACGGCGUCGGCGGAAUAGCGGUGGCCGGAAUGGCAUUGCUGGUAGCCUUUCAGGAAAAGUUAGUUUACGUCCCCGUCUUGCCUGGUCUCACAAAGUCCUAUCCAAUCACCCCCGAUCGUCUCCGCCUCAUUUUCGAAGACGUAUGGCUUACUUCUUCCGAUGGUGUCCGCCUUCACUCAUGGUUCAUCAAGUUCUCACCCAAUUCCACAGGCCCAACUAUUCUGUUCUUCCAAGAAAACGCUGGUAACAUUGCACAUCGUCUUGAAAUGGUGCGCAUUAUGUUACAAAACCUACACUGCAACGUUUUCAUGCUUUCUUACAGAGGGUAUGGUGCUAGUGAUGGUUAUCCUUCUCAAGAAGGAAUCACCAUGGAUGCACAGGCUGCUUUAGAUCACCUGAGUCAAAGAACAGACAUAGACACUACUCAGAUAGUAGUAUUUGGAAGGUCUCUUGGUGGGGCAGUUGGUGCUGUGGUUACCAAAAAUAAUCCAGAUAAGGUGGCUGCAUUGAUAUUGGAGAACACUUUUACUUCAAUUCUAGACAUGGCUGGAGUUUUAUUACCUUUUCUGAAGUAUUUCAUUGGAGGAAGCUCAAGCAAUUCUAAAACACCAAAAAUUCUGAAUUUUGUUGUCAGGUCUCCUUGGAACACUAUUGAUGUAAUUGGAGAGAUAAAACAGCCGAUUUUGUUUCUUUCUGGGCUACAAGAUGAGAUGAUUCCUCCAUCUCACAUGGAGAUGUUAUAUGCAAAAGCAGCAUUGCAUAACAAAAGAUGCAUUUUUGUGGACUUUCCUAAUGGCAAACAUAUGGACACGUGGCUGGUUGGUGGUGAUGAGUAUUGGGAAGCUGUUCAGACAUUUUUACAGGAAAAUGUGUUGGAGAAUGGAAAUGAUUCUUAACAAUUGCAGUGGUCAAAAGCUCUUUGUGAACUGCCAUGCCUUCUUCCUGCACAAAUCUGAAAAUACAUUGGGAUUUUUUGGGCUCAUGAAAAGGGUCCGGAUUUUUAUUCAUAUUUGUGUGUGUGUGUGUGUUUUGUAGAAUUGCAAAUAUUAUAUGACUUUUAAGAAAAUAGAAAGUGGUGUAGAUUGCAGCUUUACACAAAGCAUGGAGUUUUACUGUAUCAAGUCAUUAACCACCGGAAGAAUCCAAAUCAACAGAAACCGGCUAAGAAUAUUUUGUCUUUUUCUAGGUUGUGGUUGAGUUUUUUGGACCUUUUUGUUGUCGUUAUCAUCGAGGUUUUUAGGUUGGGAUUGAGAAAAUGAGACUUGAGUUUGGGGUUGAAAUGAUUUGCUUGAAAUUGUUGAGGUUAAGACGGUUGUUGUUAAAAAGCUGGAAAUUGUGAUGAUUGAAUUGUUGUGGUAUAAGUUGUUGGAAGUAAUUUGGGUUAUGAAUAGUUAGUGAAUAGAUGAUGUUGAAUUGGAGAUGUUAACAUUUACACGUAGUUACCAACAUGUGAGAAUGGAUCAUUUGAAGUGUUUGAGGUUUUUGGGGUGUUAGGAGUGGUUUGAGUAUUUUAGUUUGGAUCCAUAUUUUGAAGAGAAUAGGAUAUAGAAAAAAAAAAUGUAGGUGUUUGUAGUCGGGGUUGAUUCCACUAUGGUGCCCAUAAUGUCAUCGACAACCCCUGUUUUUUUUUUUUUUUUUU